GCUGCUGCUGCUGCUGCUGCUUGGAAGGCAAAGCUUCCAAAGCUUAGGCUAGCUUUGGAGCUAAGAUCAUCACAGAGCUGAAACUACUGGCUGGAAGAGCUGAACUCUUCUCCCUGGAAGAACUGCAGUAGCUGGAAAGAGCUGAAGAAGGAAGAGCAGGAAUUGCUGGCAGCUGAACUCAUUGACUGCUUGAGACCAGCACCCUAGCACAGAGCUGCCCCACUUCAUCUUGCUAGGAGAAAAGGGGGACUGCCCCUAGGGCAACAAGCAAGCCUCAGGAUUCAGACAGCAUCUUCACAAGAAGAGUACUGCUGUGGCAAGGCCUGCUAGAUAUUUGGGAUGCUGUUCCAGGCAAAGACUCUGGCCAAAUCUACAGAACUGUCUGCACACUUUACCAGGGGAUUAGGUCCCAAUGGCAGGACCUGCUACAGCAAUAAGAUUACGACAGUUUGUAGAUCCAACACCAAAUGUUCCUGUGAGAAUUAUUCACCAUCAAGGAAAGGAUGUCCGUGGUUUCUAUCCAGGGCAAAUGGCUCGUGUUCAUGUUGCAUAUCCUCCUGAAAGACAACUGGAACCUUUUACAAAACUGCAGUCACUGCCAACUCCAGUAAAACAUGAAAUUGUACCUUGGUAUGAUUUUGACAAUUUGAUUCUGAAGAAGUAUCUCCAUUACCAAAUGACAAAGAAGAAACCUUGUGACUGGUACACACAAACCACUUACAGAGAAGCAUUCACAUGGCCAUUUUAUGAAUCAGACAGCGCUGAGGAUAGGAGUCUCCCAAGAACUGAUGCUGAAUCAUUAUCAGUUUGGAAAAGUAUUUCUGCCAUGAAGAGGGGAAAAGUUAAACCUUCAUUUAUGGGGCUUGGAUAA